AUGGCUUUCCAUACUUAUUGUUUGUAUCAUUUGAAGAUGAACUUGAGGCAUCAUUUGCGUGGUAUGUUUCAUGGAUUGAAAGAAAAGCUGAUCACUUUGUUUGGGAAAUGUGCAUAUGCUCCAACUGAAGAAACAUUUCAUCAAUGUUUGGUUGAGUUGAAGACUGAAGGUGGGUCAAGAGUUGAAAAGUUUUUAGAUGACAUACCAUAUGAUCAUUGGAGUAAUGCAUAUUUUCGAGGGCAACGCUUUGGAGAGAUGUGGCCAAAUGCAGCUGAAUUUUUCAAUUCGUGGAUACGAGAGGAACGCCAGUUGCCUAUCACAAAGUUGAUUGAUAGUGUAAGAAUUAAGUUGAUGAGGAAAAUUGCUAAGAGGAGGGAACUUGUUAAUAAAUGGAAUGGUUUGAUUUGCCCUAAAAUAGAGACCAAGUUGCAUGAUGGUUUUAAUACUUCGAGGCCAUGGAUUGUUAGUUCAUCUGGAAAUGAUGUCUAUGAGUUGAAAGGGUUUCCAUAUGCACAUGCAAUUGGUGUUAUACAAAAGAGUGGACAUGAUUUGAGUUUAUUUGUUGAUCAAUACUUCUAUGUUCAAAGUUAUCGAGAGUCCUACUCUUUUUCCAUAUAUCCUGUUCCUUCAAUUUGGAAACCAGAUUGUAAUGUUGAUGGUGAUAAUGAAGUUGUUCUUCCUCCUUUGUCUAAGAAGCAACCAGGAAGGCCAAAUAAGAAAAGGAUUCGUUCAAAUGGUGAGAAAGUGAGACAAAUUACUUGUAGUAGAUGUGGGAAGGUUGACAAUCACAAUAAGAAAUCGUGUAACGAGGCUUUGUGA